GGUGAGCGACAAUGAGUUCAAGGACGGUGCCCUGCACCGACGGUACGACAAGCUCGCAAGAUGGCGGCAGCCGAGCAAGGAGUCGCCGAGGCGAGGCUGACGCACUUCCGGGACCGCCCCCUCUCCGUGACGUACUUCCCGCCCCUAGCCCGCGGGUGCUGCUUGCGCGAUGCCGUUGUCAUGGCAGCGACCGGGAAGCCCGGCUAGGAUUUGCUGGGGAUCCCAGGAGUUGCAGACGCGCCGGGUGUGGUUCCAUGAGCCGACCAGACAAGGGGGCUGAGGCUGCGACCCCGGAGACUGUGACUGAAGAACUGCUCGGGGCCAGCCCUGCACUGGAGACUGGAAGCAAGGCACCUGGAUGAUGAGCCUCUGAUCCUGAGCCCAACACCGCAGGCUAGCCUGAGAGCUGGACAUACUCAGACAUCCAGCUCCACAGACAGGCAACUGCACAGAGGAGCUGUGAGGAUGGCGCACCUAUUAGGCAGCCAGGCCUGCAUGGACAGCCUGCGCAAGGACCUCACCGACCUGCAGGGUGCCAUCGUGGAUGUGUUCUCCCGUGCCGGGCCCGUGCGCUUCCCCUCCUGGAAGUUCCCUGAUCGUGUGGCCUGUGACCUGGACAUGGUAGCUCUGCUAGAGCACUAUGACCAUGUGCCUGGUGACCCCGAGUUCACACAGCUGUCCCAUGCUGUGCUGCUGGAGCUGGUCAUUGACAGGCUCCUGUUACUGCUUCAGAGCUGUGCAAGUUACUUGGAGAACCUUAGCACAGAGCAGAUAAUGCCCCCUGUUCGGGCUGCAGGACCCUGCAUGUCUGUGGGGCUUACAGUGCGGCGCUUCUGGAACAGCCUGCUGAGGCUAGGCAUGCUCUACCAGCCGGUGGCUCCCCAGAAAAGGGCAAACCAAGGAGAGAACCCCACGUCCAAGCCCACAGCCAAGGGCGAGCCGGUCAGGAGCCCUGAAUUUGUGAUUGCCAAGUUCAUCAAGUCCCCCUCCCCAAUGCCAGACUCACCCCAAACCAACCAAGAGCCUGGCAGCCUUCCAGUCAGCGCUGCCCUACAAUGUCCGGCCCGAACCGUGGAGAACACCAGGAGCGUCCACUCCCAGACUGUGGAGACAGCCCUGGUUCCUUGUGAUGCGUGCACCAGCGUCCAGGGUAGCCUGCAGGAGGUCGGCAAGGUGGUCAUCAGCCUGUGUCAAAGCCAGAACUUGCCCUCGUCCUUAGGCCAGUUUCAGCAGCUGGUGCAGGACAGCAUGGGGCUCAGGCCACUGCCAGCCGCCACUGUGGGCCACUGGGCGACAGAACAGAGCAAAGACCUGACCCGCCUCAGUAAGCACGUGGGGGCCCUCACUCAGCUUGUUGGGCCUCUCAGGGCCCAGCUGGAGGAGGCUGAGGGCCAGAAGGCUGGCCUGAGGAAGCAGGUGGGGGAGCUGGAGCAGGCACUGCAGCAGGAGCAGGGGGAGCGGCAGCACCAGGCAGACGAGGCCAAGCAGCAUCUGACCAAGUGGGAGUGUGACAAGCAGCAACUUCUCACAGAAACAAGUGACCUCAAGAUGAAGGUGGCAGCUCUGGAGGGGGAGCUAAAGCAGCAGCAGGAGUCCAUGCAGGCCAUGGAGACAAAGGCCCAGCAGCUGCAGGAGGAAGCUGAGCGCAGGGUGGAGGCUGAGAGGCAGGUACAGCAGCUGGAGGAGCAGGUGCAGCUGCUGGCAGGGCGGCUGGACGGGGCCAGCCAGCAGAUCCUCUGGGCCAGCACAGAGCUGGACAAGGAGAAGGCCCGCGUCGAUAGCAUGGUCCGUCAUCAGGAGUCCCUGCAGGCCAAACAGCGAGCCCUGCUACAGCAGCUGGACAGCCUGGACCGGGAGCGGGAAGAGCUACAGGGCAGUCUGGAUGAGGCUGAGGCCCAGCGGGCCCAUGUGGAAGAGCAGCUGCAGAGCCUGCAGAAUGAGAGGGAGCAGGGGCAGUGCCAGCUCCGGGCCCAGCAGGAGUUACUGCAGAGCCUGCAGCGGGAGAAGCAAGGCCUGGAGCAGGCGACAACGGAUCUGCGGCUGACCAUCUCGGAGCUGGAGCGGGAGCUGGUGGAGCUGAGGGAGCGGGAGCGGCUGCUGGUGGCCUUCCCAGACCUGCACAGGCCUACUGAGGCCCAAAUCCAGAGCUCUGGCAACAUCACUGAUGACAUGGAGAGGCAGGUGCAGGCCAAUGACAUCCGCAUCCGGGUCCUACAGGAGGAGAAUGGGCGACUCCAGUCCAUGCUGUCCAAAAUCCGGGAGGUGGCCCAGCAGGGAAGCCUCAAGCUGAUCCCGCAGGACCAGCUCUGGGCCCCUUCAAGCAAGGGGACCCGGGGAACAUCACCUCCAGCCCCGUUCCCAAGGACAUCCCCAGGACCGCUGGGCAGAAGGCACCUGCCUGGCAGCAGGACAGCCAGUGCGGGCAGGACCCUGCCAGGCCAAUCCCGGGCAUCCCCAGCUCAGCAGCCCUGCAGCCGGCCUACCAAGUCCCCCCUGGAGGACGUGACCCAAUCGACCAUCUGCACCCAGAACCCCAUCAGGGCCUUGGCCAGGCUGAGAAGGAGACUCUCUCCAGGCCGGGGCCAGGUCAGCUCUGCACACCUGCCCCAGGAGCGGCCCCUGUAGCCUGCAGUGGAGUGGGGCUGGUGGGCAGGUGGCUGGCAACCCACCUAAUGUAAUAAAGCCCCGCCAUCUGCCCACAGAAACCUUGGCCUUGCAGCACUGGCUGAGCCCAGGGAAGAGUUCUUCCUUCCCCUUCCUGGGCAGGGACUACUGAGUCCCCAGCCACAGGGGUCACUGGCCAGCAGAGUCCUGGCACACUGUGGGCCCUCACUACUGGGAGCUUCAUUCCACAGUCCUCACUGACAGGGCAGUUAGAGAAAAGGGCACACCGAGGGCAGAAAGAUGCGUCUGGCAUUUGGGUCAGGUGAAGGGAGUCUUUCAAUCCCCUUGCAAAGACCGGAGGGUAGCAUGGACUCAGUGAAGCGCACCAGUGACGAGCAGCGUCUGGGCAGAGGUGUGCAGAAGGACAGCAGCUGCCAAGGUGGGCCCAGUAUGAGGCAAGGAAGGAAUCAGGCUGGGGUCCCAGCUCUGAGGCAGGCACAAAGAGGGCAGCGACACCUUCCUUAGUCCCGGGUCCUUCACUGAGGAAGCCCUCAGCUUCAGGAAAUGUGAGUUGCUAAGUGUUUCUCUGAAUCCAUGAGUUGCAUCUCCAGGGGUCACUGAAGGCAGAACAAGGACUACCCAACUAGUGUCACACCCCAGGCAGCUCUGGCUUUUCCAGGCCGGUCCCAUGGGAUCCACCCCGCACAAGAUGCUGCCUGCCAGCCACACCAGAGCCUUAGCAAUCAUUUUCCUCAUGAAGCAUCCGGCCUGCCUUGUCACCUCACUGAAGCCAGGCUCUGUGACCUUGUUGAGCACCUCUCAGGGUUGGCGCUCCAGCUUCCCAUGCCAUUUCCUCCUGGUGAGGCCAACAGUGCCUCAGUCUAGAGAAGGGUCAAGAGUGGAAUUGAAUGUAGCUGAGCUGGCAUCACCGGGGUCUGCCCCACUCUUGUUUCUGUGGAGCCAGGGGUUUCUGAGGGAGCCUCACAAGUGACAGGCAGCCUUCGGGGGGGGGGGGUCCCUCAGGCAGGAGGCCUAGGCCCAAGUGCAGGGGGCUCAGCUCCUCUCUGCAUUCAUUAGCUCAUAGUUGUGCAGGUCAGACGUCCAUGCCUAUGACUAGAUUCUCACUCAGGGUCUUAGAAGGCUGAAAUCAAAGUGUCUGCCAGGUUGCAGUCCCUUUUGACAUCUCUGGAGACGUCACUUGUAAGCUCACUUAUUGUUGGCGGAAUUCCGAUUCCUGGAGUAGUACACUGAUGUCUAUUUCCUGCUGACUAGCACAUGGCCUCCCCACCUCCAAGUCUGAGAGAUUUAUAAUUCCCUUCAAAUUUCUUCAGAUUGCCUCUUCUACCACUCAUCAGAGAAAACCCUGCCUGCACCCGGCUCACCUGAUUAGGGCAGGCCCACCUGUGAGCCUCCCCCACCCCGGGGGCAACUGUGCAUGUCGUGUAACAUCACCUAAUCGUGUAAAAGCCACUGGAGUCACAGUCGCAAGAUUACAGAAGGCACAUUCACGGGGGCUGAGGGAGAUCUCGGGGGGCAUUUUAGAAUCCACCUCCCACCAGCAGUAGAGCCCAAGCCAACGUGUUCAUCUUAACACAUCUACACGAAUGUUACGGUGUCUUAUGUAAAAUAUAUCCAUGUUUAUUUCAUAUUAAACCUCCCCAUCCCAAGUGUUCUAAAAAAUGAUGCCCCUGGAAGAUGCACCACAAUGACUUGUGGCUUCAAGUAUCCUGGUCAGCAACCUGCAGCCCCACCGAGAAGCACAGGACCGGUGGUUUCUAAGGCUCUGGGCCCGGCCCGGCAGGACAGGCAAUGGGAGCUAUGGCUCCCAGUGCCCAAGGUCCG